GAAAACAGGAAAGGCUGAGCGCAUAGUGAGGCAGUGAGUGAGCAGCCACGCUUUCUGGAGGAAAAAAGUGUCUCCUGCGACCACAUCUCGCCUGUCAACACUCUCACACAGACACUGGGAACUCCCUGAAAGGAGAAAACCUGCUAUCAUUAAGAGUACGUAGACCGUGCUUUAGUCAUCGAGCACCAUGUCAGCCAAAGCCAUCUCUGAGCAGACAGGAAAAGAAUUUCUUUACAAACACAUUUGCACCACAGCCGCCGUACAGAACCGCUUUCGCUAUGCUAACGUGACAGCAGAAACUGACUGGGAGCGACUGGUUCAGGAUCACCCCUGGCUUCUGACCGAGCGGUUGGUUGUUAAACCAGAUCAGCUGAUCAAGCGCAGAGGAAAACUGGGACUGGUGGGUGUGAACCUGGAUCUGGGAGGCGUGAAGGAAUGGCUCAAAACACGCCUUAUGAAGGAGGCAACGGUGGGGAAGGCUAAAGGCAUCCUCAAAAACUUCCUGAUUGAGCCCUUCGUAGCCCACAAGCAGGAGGAGGAGUUUUAUGUGUGUAUCUAUGCUACACGUGAGGGCGAUUACAUGCUCUUCCAUCAUGAGGGGGGUGUGGAUGUAGGAGACGUGGACUCUAAAGCCCUAAAACUCUUGGUGGGAGUGGACGAGAAGAUCAGUGCGGACACAGUCAAGAGUCAGGUCCUCACACACGCCCCUGCAGAUAAGAAAGAGAUGUUGACUAGUUUCCUGGUGGGCUUGUUUAACCUGUAUGAAGACUUGUACUUUACAUACUUGGAGAUCAACCCUCUUGUGGUCACUAAGGAUGGCGUGUACGUGCUGGACAUGGCUGCUAAAAUCGAUGCCACAGCUGAUUACUUGUGUAAAGCCAAGUGGGGUGAUGUGGAGUUUCCCCCUCCCUUCGGCAGAGAGGCCUAUCCUGAGGAGGCAUAUAUAGCUGACCUAGAUGCUAAGAGUGGCGCCAGCCUCAAGCUCACUAUCCUGAACCCUCGUGGACGGAUCUGGACUAUGGUGGCAGGGGGUGGAGCUUCUGUCGUCUACAGUGACACAAUUUGUGAUCUGGGCGGAGUCAGUGAACUGGCAAAUUAUGGAGAGUAUUCAGGUGCUCCAAGUGAGCAGCAAACAUAUGACUAUGCCAAAACCAUCCUCUCCCUCAUGACCCGUGAGAAACACGCCGAAGGUAAAGUCCUGAUCAUUGGAGGCAGCAUUGCCAACUUCACUAACGUAGCGGCGACAUUCAAGGGUAUCGUCAGAGCUAUCAAAGAUUACCAGAACCCUCUGAAAGAGCAUGAGGUCACUAUAUUUGUCCGUCGUGGUGGCCCGAACUACCAGGAGGGUUUAAGAGUGAUGGGGGAAGUUGGAAAGACCACCGGUAUCCCCAUUCAUGUUUUUGGCACUGAAACCCACAUGACUGCUAUUGUUGGAAUGGCACUAGGUCAACGGCCAAUCGACACACAGCCUCAAGUUGCCGCCCACACUGCUAACUUCCUUCUCAACACCAGCGGUGGUACCACAACUCCCGCCUCCACCAGAUCGGCCUCUUUCUCUGAGGUCAAAACUGGAGCAGAUAACUCAUCAGCUCAAAAGACUCGUGCUGGACUUCCUCCAGCCAAAAGCACGACUCUGUUCAGUAACCACACAAAGUCUAUAGUGUGGGGGAUGCAGACACGUGCAGUGCAGGGCAUGCUGGACUUCGAUUAUGUGUGCUCACGACAGGAGCCUUCAGUAGCAGCCAUGGUUUACCCCUUCACCGGAGACCAUAAGCAGAAGUUUUAUUGGGGUCAUAAGGAGAUCCUGUUGCCGGUCUAUAAGAACAUGGCUGAUGCAAUGAAGAAACAUCCAGAAGUAGAUGUGCUCAUCAGUUUUGCCUCCCUCCGCUCUGCCUACGACAGCACCAUAGAGACCAUGCAGUACCCACAGAUCCGCACUAUAGCGAUCAUAGCUGAGGGUAUUCCAGAGGCUUUGACUCGCAAGAUCAUUAAAAUGGCAGAUGAGAAGGGAGUCACUAUCAUUGGUCCGGCAACGGUUGGCGGUAUUAAACCAGGCUGUUUCAAGAUUGGUAACACUGGUGGGAUGCUGGAUAACAUCCUGGCAUCUAAGCUUUACAGACCAGGCAGUGUGGCCUACGUCUCCCGCUCUGGUGGGAUGUCCAAUGAGCUCAACAACAUCAUCUCACGCACUACAGAUGGAGUUUAUGAAGGAGUUGCUAUCGGAGGUGACAGAUACCCAGGCUCUGUGUUUACGGAUCACGUGUUGAGAUAUCAGGACACACCUGGAGUCAAAAUGAUCGUUGUGCUCGGAGAGAUUGGUGGAAGUGAAGAAUACAAGAUUUGCAAAGGCAUUAAAGAAGGCAGAAUCACCAAACCUGUGGUUUGCUGGUGCAUAGGAACCUGCGCCACCCUGUUCUCAUCUGAGGUCCAGUUUGGCCACGCUGGAGCUUGUGCUAACCAGGCAUCUGAGACUGCAGUGGCUAAGAACAAAGCUCUGGAAGAGGCAGGAGCCUUUGUUCCCAAGAGCUUUGAUGAGCUGGGAGACGUCAUCAAAUCUGUGUAUGAUAAUCUAGUAGCCAAGGGUGUAAUUGUGCCUGCCAAAGAGGUUCCUCCACCCACAGUGCCAAUGGAUUACUCCUGGGCACGAGAGUUGGGUCUGAUCCGUAAACCGGCAUCCUUCAUGACGAGUAUCUGUGAUGAGAGGGGACAGGAGCUCAUUUAUGCAGGCAUGCCCAUUACUGAGGUCUUUAAGUCUGAGAUGGGGCUGGGCGGCACCCUUGGCCUGCUUUGGUUCCAGAGGAGGCUUCCGCGCUAUGCGUGUCAGUUCAUCGAGAUGUGUCUGAUGGUGACUGCGGAUCACGGCCCUGCCGUUUCUGGAGCUCAUAACACCAUAGUGUGUGCGCGUGCUGGCAAAGACCUGAUUUCCAGCCUGACCUCAGGACUCCUCACCAUCGGAGACCGUUUUGGAGGUGCCCUGGAUGCAGCUGCUAAGCAGUUCAGUAAGGCGUUUGACAGUGGCAUGCUGCCUAUGGAGUUUGUCAACAAAAUGAAGAAAGACGGCAAACUCAUCAUGGGCAUCGGACACAGGGUGAAAUCGAUCAAUAAUCCUGACAUGCGGGUUCAGAUUCUCAAAGACUUUGUGAAACAGCAUUUCCCUGCAACUCAGCUGUUGGACUAUGCUCUGGAGGUGGAGAAGAUCACUACCUCAAAGAAACCAAACCUCAUCCUUAAUGUUGAUGGUUUCAUUGGAGUGGCAUUUGUGGAUCUGCUAAGAAGCUGUGGCGGCUUCACUCGCGACGAGGCAGAUGAGUUUGUGGAGAUCGGAGCACUGAAUGGAAUCUUUGUGUUGGGACGCAGCAUGGGAUUCAUAGGUCAUUAUCUGGACCAGAAACGGUUGAAGCAGGGUUUGUAUCGCCAUCCUUGGGAUGAUAUCUCUUACGUACUUCCAGAACACAUGACCAUGUAAUGACGGAAUCCAGAUCUCACUGAACCUGUGCACUAAGGAAGCAAAAGAAGUUUUUAUGUAUGUGUAAAUGUGUAUAUGCACUCCUUCAGAUGUGAGUGUGUUGGCGUGUGUUACUAUUUAGUUUUUCUUUUCUCCCUGUUUUAGUGUUUGUGAGGGUGUAAAAGUUAAUCUAUAAACUGUAAGUGUAACCUGUCAAUAACCUAAAUGCCUAGUAUCGAUUGUGUGGCGAAGUCAUUUUUUAAACUGUGAAAACAUCUUAACACAUUCCACAUUUUUGCAGUAAACAUCUCAUGUAUAUCUAAAACACGUAAAUCUGCUUGUCAUGUCAGUGUGCCUCCAAAAGGGAAAUUAGAUUAGAAACUAAAACGCCUGGUUCCUGGAAACUUCUCAGUAUCAUUCUCAUUAUCAAGUAGCCGUGACCGUAAACUGAACUUUUGCAGAAGCACUUAAAGAAUGUCAUUGUCAGACUGAUCUGUCCUGAUAACUAGGCUGUGAUCUUUGAAUGUUUUUUUUUUGAGUAGUGUCUUGUCAGUAGUGACUUCUGUAAUUAACACAGUGCAAUAGUCCACUGCGCAUAACGGCAAUAGCAAUAGCUUCACGUGUGUGUUUAAUAGUCUUAAUUGUCUUAAAUGUCAGACCAACUAAUUUGCAGGCAAAAAGAAAGUUGCUAUUUUUAUUAACUAUAUAUACAGAUCAAACAAGUAUUUUGGCCACCUAUGUUAUUUGUAAAUGUGCAGCGUGCCAUCAAGUUCACAAUGUUUACAGUCCAUAUGCCAGUGCAGCUGUAUGAAGAACAGAUGAAGCAGUUCAGUGUCUGAUAUUUAGCUAAAUUAUCUGGUUAAAAAUAAAAUUCGUUAUAGAAAUAAAUCUUUUUUCAUUCAAUUCAUGCUCAGCUGUGAUGACCAUUAAACUGAAUUCUGUUUUUGG